AUGGUCCUCUCCUCCCCGAGACUUAGACUCCUCUGGCGGCACUUGGUCAACAGUCGGAUGGGAGACAUGGGCUCCAAAGCACAGAUGCCCACCGCAGAGAGUGCACUGCCCGGCCGCACGGACAGCUCCAUGAAAGUGUCCGAUAAACAUGACGUGAACGGGAACAGAACCGUCCCUCCUUUCCCCGAGGGCACAGAGAGCGUCAUCUUUGGUAUGGGAUGUUUCUGGGGGGCGGAGCGUAAAUUCUGGAAGCAGCAGGGCGUGUACUCCACUCAGGUGGGCUACGCUGGAGGCUACACCCCCAACCCCAGCUACAAGGAGGUCUGCACAGGGCAGACGGGACACGCUGAGGUGGUGAGAGUCAUCUUCUUCCCAGAGAAAAUUAGCUUCUCCAAACUCCUCAAAGUGUUCUGGGAGAGUCACGACCCCACGCAGGGGAUGCGUCAGGGGAACGACUGUGGGACGGCGUAUCGCUCUGUGCUCUUCACCUCCACUCCUGAACACCAGCAACAGGCUCUGAGCUCCAGGGACCAGUACCAGAAGGUGCUGACGGCGGAGGGAUACGGCCCCAUCACCACUGAGCUCUCUGAGGGCAAGACCUUUUACUAUUCAGAGGAUUAUCACCAGCAGUACCUGAGCAAGAACCCGGACGGGUACUGUGGUCUGGGGGGGACCGGGGUCUCCUGCCCCAUAGGGAGGAGCCAGGACUGA